ACCCGUUCCAAUCUCUAUUUCUUCCUCUCUGCGUCCUCGAGUUUUGGUUUUGGGUUUAGGAGUCUACUUUCUAUUCAGUCUUUCACAUGGCGGGUGCUGGAAUCCACCCUUAUCACCAGCAGUGGCCUCCAGUCCAAGCUCCUCCGCCCCCUCCAUCCGCGCCUCCUCCGCCACCUGGUCCCUCUCAUCAUGACGAGGUCCGUACUAUCUUCAUUACGGGUCUUCCUGAAGAUGUCAAAGAGAGAGAGCUGCAGAAUUUACUUAGAUGGCUUCCAGGUUUUGAAGCUUCGCAAGUGAACUACAAGGGAGAAAAGCCUAUGGGUUUCGCUCUCUUCUCAAAUGCACAAUUUGCAGUUGCUGCCAAGGAUGCCCUUCAGGAAAUGGUUUUUGAUGCUGAGUCGAAGUCCCUUUUGCACACAGAGAUGGCAAAGAAGAAUCUAUUUGUUAAAAGAGGAAUAGUAACAGAUUCUGAUGCAUAUGAUCAAAGCAAACGGUUGCGAACCGGUGGCAAUUAUUCCCACAGUCCUUAUUCAACUCCACCUCCAUUUCACCCUCCUGCACCUGUUUGGGGACCACAUGGGUAUAUGGCUCCAACUCCUCCCCUUCCUCCUCCAUAUGACCCGUAUGGAUGUUAUCCUGUUCCUCCAAUGCCAGUGCCAAUGCCAACUCCAGCUCCAAGCAGUUAUGUGCCUAUUCUGAAUACCAAAGAUAACCCUCCUUGCAAUACCUUAUUUAUUGGCAAUCUUGGAGAGAAUAUUAAUGAGGAAGAAUUGAAGGGCCUAUUCAGCGUUCAACCUGGUUUUAAGCAAAUGAAGAUCUUGAGACAAGAGAGGCAUACUGUUUGCUUUAUUGAAUUUGAAGAUGUGAGUACUGCAACCAAUGUGCACCACAGUUUACAGGGUGCUGUGAUACCUAGUUCUGGUUCUGUUGGCAUGCGAAUACAAUAUUCAAAGAAUCCUUUUGGUAAAAGGAAGGACGGUCAUCUAGUUGCUUCCCCCAGUGCAAAUGGGCCAGCAGCAGCUAUGACUUACCAGUAGAUCAUGGGGAUCUUCUCUGUUUUCUGUGCUCCGAUCAAUACAUGCUAGGAUGCAUCUUGCAGCUGUUGCAUGCAUCUAUUUCAUUAUCAACAUCAGCAUUGGCAUCUCUUCUCAUGUGUUUGAAUUCGCAUUGUGGUGUCAUGAGUGCACUAUUUGCUCAUGUUAUAUCAUUUUGCCUAAGACAUGCAUUUGUCUGCAACAUAUUUUAUAUGGCAGUUUAACUUUAUAGGUUCAGAUGAAUUUGAUAUUUGUACAAGUGGUGCAUCGUCUACAGUUUCGGUUAAUUUGUUUGUGUGCUAUUCCCCCUCAUGUUGAACAUUGACCAAACCAUGAUGUUGGUCUAGAGCUGUUUAAUAUUAGGGUUAAACUGCAUCACACAGCAUACAUCAGGAUUUGAUGCACACAUACAUUGCAUUACUAGCAUGACAUUCAAAGGCGAUCCUCAGUUUCGUUUCA